GGAAGAAGGGAGGAGCGUGCACCAACCUUCAUCGAGCCUUACGUGACAAUGCUGGCCGCGACGACGAGAGCAGCGAGGGUGGGCGCAGUAUCGCGGCGGCAGCUGGAGCGGUCCUUUGCCAGCCAGGCCCGAGUCUUGCUCCAACAGCAGCAACAGCAGCAAGCGGCACCCGCCAAAGAGGCUGGCCGUCUCCAGCCGUCUCCGCUUUCGCCCUCAGCGCCGCCGCCCAAGAAGCACAGUGCUCUGACGGUGAGCCUCGUCAAGGGCCUGGCGCGGAUCAUGGGCUACAACUCGACUACCUCGACGGCGAUCCGCGUCUCCUCGGACCUGUACGACCGGUGCGCCGAGCGGGCCGACAUCGAGGCGGCCUUCUGGUACGGCGAGUGCGGCCUGCCGAGGACGUACCAGACGUGGUUCCAGAUCACCAAUCUGCACAUUCACCUCCUCCUCGUCCGCUUCCGCAUGCUCGUGCCCGCCAAAAAGGCCAACAGCUACUCGCAGGAGCUCAUCAACCACUUCUUCAUCGACGCAGAGUCGCGCAUGCGCCUCCGCUUUGGCGUCCAGACGUCGCGCCUCGUCAAGGGCUACAUGCGCGACAUGCACACGCAGCAGCGCGGCGCCGUGCUCGGGCUCGACGACGCGCUCGCGAGGUCGUACGUCGCCGAGACGGAGCGGCAGGGAACGGCCGAUGCCGACGCCGUCCUCGCUACGGCCAUCUGGCGCAACAUCUGGGGUGCCGGCGGCUGGGGCUCGGGCGUCGCAGGCGUCAAGCGCAAGCUCAAGGGCGUGGACCGGCCAGACGAGGACAAAAACAAGCGCAAGUCCAAGGAGCAGCUUGAGCAGGAGAAGCGCGAGCAGGAAGAGGAGGAGGAGGAGGGCAUGCCCGAGCUGGCCCCCGACCUGGGCGUCGAGACGAGCGGCAGGGGUGCCUAUGCCAUCGCUGCCGCUGCCGAGGCUGCACGGGCAAAGGCAGGGACACCUCCUCAGCAGCAUCUCCCAGUGGAGCCGCGAUUCCCGGCAGACAACCUUGCCUUUGCCAAUGCACUCGAGCGCGUCGUCAACUUCUAUCGGCGCGAGACGGUGCGACUGGCCAAGCUGAGCGACGCAGAGAUCGAGCGAGGGCGCGUCUUCUCGGCUCCUUCGCCCGCAACUCAGCAGCAGCAGCAGCAGCAGCAGCAGCAGACCGUCCAGGAUAAGCUGGAAUUGCUGGGGAGAGAAGAGAGCAUCGCUAACUUUACAAAAAUCUGAAGAUGUUAAUAAUGGGAUGGAUGAUGCAUGUA